AUGCCCUUGGCCCUUGGUGCGGUUAUUAUCGUGCUGGAUUGCUUGCAACUGCAAGCUUCGAAGCGGAAGGUGGAGUCCUCACUCUGGACCUUCAUAGCCCAGCGUGACCUGGUCGUCCGCCGCACGCCGACGGUAAAGCUGAAGAUGAACAUUGAGAUCAGCAUCGAGGAGUUCAACGCCGAGCAGUUCCAGACGAACCUGGCGAUUCUGCUGGGAAUCCCACCGGAGCGCAUCGUGGUGGCUGCCGUACAGGUCCGGCGUCGGCUGGGGCUGGUGGCCACGACGGAGGCGGACUUCGAUCCGUCGGAGGAUUCCGACGAGAUGUGUGCCCCAGGUGGCUGCAAAACGCCAGGCCGUCGCCUGGCCGUGGUUUCUGCCACGGCACUGGACGUGUCGAUCGAGCCCUCGCCAGAUGCUGCUGCGGCUGCUUCAGGUGGCAAUGCCGGAUCCACAGGAACGGAGGCGCUGAAUGCGCAGACCUCGGAGUUGAACCAGGUCUCGACGAAUCUCCAGUCGCUCGGAGGGACCGAUCUGGCUUCUGCCGCUGGCGGCGAGGUGACUAUCGAAGAGGUACAGACGCCUGCAGAGCCAGACGAGGCCAACAACGAGCAAGUUCCGAGUGCGGAGGAGACCGCGGCGGUGCAGAUCAUCGACAUCAACGCCGUGGCCGAGACUACAGCCGCCGCCGAGGUGUCUGCGGAGGCUUCCUGCCCGACCAACUUCGGCAUUUUGGUCACAGUUGGCUCCAGCCAGGGCAUUGUGUACCCCACGGCAGAGCUGAAGACGGGAGACACAGAAGCUUCGGCAUGUUCCGGCGUGGACGCGGGCUUCGAGGGUUCAAUCCUCCUCUCGUGCAGUUCGGGCGUGCUGAAGGAGAACUCUGGCAGCUGCGUGCAGCUCUCCCAGACCCGUUUUGUUGGGAGGGACCUCACCUUUCCAGAGUUUUCAGAGCAUGCAACUUCUGCUGAAACCCUGAAUGCCUUCUUCAGGGCAAACGAGAGACCACUGGUGGUCGAGCGACGACUGGUGGUCCAGCGACGACUGGUGGUCCAGCGACGACAGGAGGUCCAGCGACGACUGGUGGGCCAGAGACGACAGAAGGACCACCGACGAGCAGUGGACCGGUUCGUCCGCUUCUGGUGCAGCGAGCAGUUCGUGGCGGCUGGACCGGGCAAGGUCAAGGGAGGGUGGAAAAACAAAGCCGUUCCCCUGAUCACUGCCGUGCUCGACCAGGACCCGGCUGGGAAGCAGAUGCAGCCGUCGGUCUGGCAGCAGAACGUGUGCAAUCUGAUCUGUGCACUCCUUGACGAGGACUGGGAUCGUGCCACAGAGCAUGUAGACAUUCACACUACGGCACAGCAAACCCAUGAAAUCUCUGCAGGACCCAUGAGAACGCCCAAACUCUGA